AUGACUCACGAACUAAGCUACAUGCAAAUUAAGACAGCUAAUCAAGUUAGAGAAGCGGAGGAACAAAAAAUUGAACAACGUCGUAAAUCUCUUCUUGUAUUAAUCUUGCAAUAUUUAAAUGACGAAGGAUACGUUCAAUCCGCAAAAUGUCUUGAAACUGAAUCCUCGACAACAUUAAAUAAAUUCCAAGUCUGCGAUAACGUGGAUUUACCGACGAUACUACAAGAAUAUGAAUCGUACUAUUACGUCAAAUUUAAUAAAUAUCCCAAGAUUAUCAAGAAAGUUAGCGCUGAAAAACAGGCUCAAUUUCAUUCACAAAACAGUUCAAUCUCGAAAAAUAAAGGCAGAAGCAAUCCUCUUCCAAAGAUUCCACCUAGUCGUCGACCAAGCGAUGAUACAGCAGCACGGGAACCGCGGGAUAAUAAUAGUCAGAAUCGUUCUCUUAGUGCAAGCUCUGUCAGCACUAAAAAAAAUUCAACAAAUAAAAAGGAAUCGGUAUCUACACCAGAAGCAAAAGUAGAAUCCGAUUUGGGGCUAACAGGAGUUGCUGUACAAAGUACAUCGUCUACUAGUAAAGGCCAGCAAAAACUAUCAAAGACUACAGAUUCGACUACAAAUUUAUCAAAUCAAGUAAAGUCGAUCGCUAAUACAAGAAAAUCAGACCCAUAUGAUCCAUCUGAACGAUUACUUAAGCCUAUUAGUACUAUGAUUGGUUAUAGCAAUGAAAUGAAAGAAUUAGUUGGGAUCAUUAGUAGGGAAAUUUACCUUCAUAAUCCAAAUGUCAGAUGGUCAGACAUAAUUGGUUUAGAAAAACCCAUAAAGUUAGUAAAGGAAUCAGUUGUAUACCCAAUAAAGUAUCCGCAAUUAUUUAGUGGUAUACUAUCUCCUUGGAAAGGAUUACUACUUUAUGGUCCACCAGGAACCGGUAAAACUAUGUUAGCUAAAGCGGUAGCUACAGAAUGUAAUACCACUUUCUUUAAUAUAUCUGCUUCCUCAAUCGUAAGCAAAUGGAGGGGCGAUUCAGAAAAAUUAGUCCGGGUAUUAUUCGAACUAGCACGGCAUCAUGCGCCGUCAACGAUAUUCUUAGAUGAAAUAGAAUCACUAAUGGGUCAGCGAGGUUCAGCUGGUAUAAGUGAACAUGAAGGUAGUCGUCGUAUGAAAACAGAAUUACUGAUACAAAUGGAUGGUUUGGCGCGGUCUAAAGAUUUAGUCUUUGUUCUUGCUACAUCUAAUAUUCCCUGGGAACUUGAUUUAGCCAUGUUAAGAAGGCUAGAAAAGCGAAUCUUAAUCGACCUACCAACAUGUCAAGCCAGAAAAGCCAUGUUUCGUUAUCAUUUGCCCCCAGUCAUACAAAUGCAAGAAGAAGGGCUGCAGUUAAGGACUGAAGUCGAUUAUGAAAUGGUAGCUGAGGCUACUGAUGGUUACUCGGGCUCGGAUAUUCACCUAGUUUGCAAAGAAGCUGCAAUGAGAUCAAUCCGUAAAAUAUUUGAUGUUUUAGAAAGUAUUCAACUCGAUGGAGAAUCAUCAGCAACACAACUAUCGAAAGCAUUAAGUAUUGAUCCCAUCACUACUCAAAACGUUUUUGAAGCGUUGAAGGAUACUAAGCCAUCAGCAAGCGGUUUUAAAGAUAAAUAUAAAGCAUGGCAAGCACAAUUUGAAAGUACUACUUCAUGA